CAAACGCCCUCGCGCGUCGUUCCAGCCUACAAACCAACUCGUGACGUCACAAUCUCUCCGUCGCGCAUAGCAACUCGUCUCACUCAAUCGUCUCUUCAUUUAACUCGCGUUCGAGCACGAACAGCUUCUCGUCGACCUCACCACGACACGAACUCGUCAUCUCGACAACCACACGACCGCACAAACGUCCACACAAAUAAUUAAAAUCCUCAUUCAAGGCUUCGUUUCAUUGUGGCGGCGUGCGUUCGUCUGAGCACCAUUACGGACGUACUCGAUCGAGGCUAGAGCGGCACGAGCGGCGAGACAACGUUUGGUCUGGUUUGGUGUCAACUACACACACACACAAUGGCCGAAGGGAGGGACGUCAAUGAGCCUGGAGCGCGAUUCAACAGCCGAGGACUCGGUCUGCGUGCGCAGAAAAAAAUCCUUGGAAAAAUGGCUUCGAAGAAGAUUGUCAAGGCGUUUAUUGAUGACGAAGCCGGAGCACUGUUGGACGCUGUGCAUACGCUGGCGAGACGCGAGCUUGAGACGGAGCGACAGGCGACGAAACUUGUAAAGAACAUCAUUAAGAUUGUCAUCAAACUCUCGGUUUUGUAUCGCAACGAUCAGUUCAACGCCGAGGAGUUGGCACUCGGUGAAAAAUUCAAGUCGAAGUUUAGGCAGACGUCGUUGACAGUCGUGAGUUUUCACGACGUCGAGUUUUCGUACGAUCAAAUCUUCUUGCAACGAGAGCUGGAGGAUUGCGAGACGCUCUUGCAUGAGAUCGUGCAGCGUCAUCUGACCGAGAAGUCGCAUCGACGUAUCGAUAUGGUGUUUGCAUUUUUCAAGGAUGGUCAGCUGAUGGACAAGCUCUUCGCACCGGAUGGUGUGCACAGAGAUCUGCUGGCCGCCGUGGUUGGGUAUCUCAAUGUAAUGCUCGAGCAGAACAAGCUCUAGAUGUAGAAUGUACAAGCUAUAGACGGGGUUGUGUAUUGCGGCAAGUCUAUUGUACUUGUACUGUUUGAUUCUUGAUAUUAUCGCUUGAAGAGUUGAUGGUAGGUAUCCGGCCUUGUUGAUAUUGACAGAAAUAUAGAUACUUGCAAUGGAUUGUUG